UGGGCAUGCUGGCGGCUUUUGGUGCCGGUUUUCCCACGCGUUUCUGCGGUUCCUUCGAUCCGUGAAAAUUGCCGUUCAUUCGGCAGAGUGCACAGUAACCAGUGGAAAAUAAAAUACACAAACCAAUUUAGAACCGUCAUGAGUAGCGAAGAGGCAAAACGAUUCAAAGAAAAUGUUCCGGAAGGACGGCUAAAGAUCGGUACGCACAACGGGGUUUUCCAUUGCGACGAGUUGCUGGCGUGCUUUAUGCUACAGCAACUACCGCAAUAUGCUACGGCCCAAAUCGUACGGUCGCGGGAUAAUAAGGUGCUGGACCAGUGCGACAUUGUCGUGGAUGUCGGCGGAACGUUCGAUCGAGAGCGCCAUCGCUACGAUCACCAUCAGGGAUCGUUCAACGAAACGCUCAACAGUCUACGACCGGAGCUGAACUCACCGUGGAACAUUCGUCUCAGUUCGGCUGGACUUGUGUACACGUACUUCGGUGAAGAGGUGCUGCGUGAGGUAGUUAAGAGGAAGCUUGGGCUAGAGCUGGAUGCCGAUUGUCUGCGUGCCGUCUACCGGAAGGUGUACGAUGGGAUGAUCUCUGAGAUCGAUGCCAUCGACAACGGUGUGCCGAUGUUCGAGGGAGGAGAACCACAGUAUAACAUUACGUCGCACCUGAGUGCCCGGGCGGGCAAGUUUAAUCCCGUCUGGAACGAACCGGAACCACCGCCGGAAGAUAUGGAACGUUUUGAGCGAGCCAAAGCUUACGUGGGACAGGAGUUUGAAGACAAGGUCCUGUACUACGUGAAGAGCUGGUGGCCAGCACGUGACAUAGUUAGGCGAGCUCUCGUUAACCGUUUAAAUGUUCACGAAUCGGGCGCUAUUCUUGAGCUAGAGCAAUUCUGCCCAUGGAAGGAGCACCUGUACGAACUCGAGAAUGAACACGACGCCGUUGGGCAAGCGAAAUAUGUCAUCUACUUCAACAAGGAAAACGAUUGGCGCAUCAUCUGUGUACCUAAGCAGUCCGCUAGUUUCGUUUGUCGCAAGUUCUUGGCCAAACCGUGGCGUGGGGUGCGCGAUGAGGCCCUCGCAACAAUAUCUGGUAUUGAAGGGGCCACGUUUUGUCACCAAACGGGGUUUAUCGGAGGAAAUGUGACGCGUGAUGGAGCGCUUCGAAUGGCGAUCGCGAGUUUAGAAGCUCCGGAAGAGUAGUGGAGAAACAAACAAUGUAAAUGAAUAAAAUGAAACAUGAAACUUGUAA